AUGCAUGUGGCUCCGAAGCGGCAGGUGGUGCGGCUGGGUAACAAGGGCGCGGGCGGCCCAUUUGCGCCGCUGGUGGUGGUGGUGCGCAACAUUGUUGGGGAGAAGGAGUUCAACAAGCUCCGGGGCAAGGCCAUCUCAGUCCACUCUCAAGUGAUCAAGGACUUCUGCAAGCAGGUCGGCGUGGACAACAAGCAGGUGCAGGCGGUGGUGCGCCUGGCCAAGAAGAACGGGGAGUGGCUCGGCUUCCUCGCUUAA